AUGGCCUCCGCCGUUUUCUUCCUCGACCUCAAGGGUAAGACCCUUCUGGCCCGCAACUACAGAGGAGAUAUCCCCAUGUCAGCAGUCGAGAAAUUCCCAGUCCUGCUGUCAGAAGCCGAAGAAGAGAGCAGUUCAGUCCCACCCUGCUUCAGCGACGACGGCAUCAACUACCUAUACAUCCGCCACAACAACCUCUACCUCCUCGCCUUGACAAAAAGAAAUAGUAAUGCAGCUGAGAUUCUGCUAUUCCUACAUCGGAUCGUCGAGGUGUUCACCGAGUACUUCAAGGAACUGGAGGAGGAGUCGAUACGGGACAACUUUGUUGUCAUUUACGAAUUGCUGGACGAGAUGAUGGAUUUUGGGUACCCACAAACGACAGAGAGUAAGAUCUUGCAGGAAUAUAUCACUCAGGAAUCGCACAAACUGGAAGUGCAGGCACGGCCUCCUAUUGCUGUGACGAAUGCUGUGUCGUGGAGAAGCGAAGGUAUCAGAUAUCGCAAGAACGAGGUCUUCCUGGAUGUGGUGGAGUCGCUCAACCUGCUGGUGUCGAGUCAGGGCAAUGUGCUGCGAUCUGAGAUUCUGGGCGCAGUGAAGAUGAAGUGCUAUCUUUCUGGUAUGCCGGAGCUACGCCUGGGAUUGAACGACAAAGUUAUGUUCGAGACGACUGGACGAGCGACCAGAGGAAAGGCCGUGGAAAUGGAGGAUGUCAAGUUCCAUCAAUGUGUGAGGCUGUCACGAUUCGAGAACGACAGGACAAUCUCCUUUAUCCCACCGGAUGGAGAGUUUGAGCUCAUGUCGUAUCGACUGAAUACACAAGUCAAGCCUUUGAUCUGGGUGGAGUGCAUAGUGGAGUCACAUUCUGGAUCGAGAAUAGAGUAUAUGCUCAAGGCGAAGGCACAGUUCAAGAGGCGAAGCACAGCGAACAAUGUCGAGAUAUCGAUUCCUGUGCCGGACGAUGCGGACACACCCCGAUUCCGGACGAACAUUGGAUCUGUACAUUACGCGCCCGAAACGAGCUCGAUCGUGUGGAAGAUCAAGCAGUUUGGUGGUGGCAAGGAGUUCCUGAUGCGUGCCGAGCUUGGUCUACCUUCAGUCAAAGGUGACGAGGAACGAGGUGGAGGCAUGAUGGGUGGCUUUGGUGGCAGUAUGGGCGGCGUUGGUGGUACCGGCAAGGGCAAGAGGCCGAUCAACGUCAAGUUUGAGAUCCCAUACUUUACGACCAGUGGUAUUCAGGUCCGGUACCUGAAGAUCAUUGAGCCGAAGCUACAAUACCCAUCCCUGCCAUGGGUGCGAUACAUCACACAGAGUGGAGAUAUUGCCGUGAGACUGCCGGACGUGCAAUAA